CUGAGUUUUGCUACUGGUGCCGGUGUAAUUAUAGGCGCGGGUGCUGCUUCAGGAAUUGCAACUAAUGUCGGAAUUGCUGUGCUUGCAUCUAUUUUUGGUGCAACUGGUGCGGGAUUAGCUGGUUAUAAAAUGAACAAGCGUGUUGGAGCUAUUGAUGAAUUUGUCAUCGAAUCUUUGACAGAAGGUAGCAGCCUCCAUUGCGUUUUGACAGUCAGUGGAUGGAUAGAAGAUGAUAGCAAGAAUGCUUUUCGAAAACAGUGGCGCCAUUUAUGGAUGUCUCGUGAGCAAUUCACUUUGCGCUAUGAAAGCAAAUAUCUCAUAGAACUUGGAAAAGCCAUUGAAUAUUUAAUGUCAUUUGCUGUUUCCGUCGCCAUACAGCAAACUCUUAUGGAAACUGCGUUAGCUGGUUGUUAUUUUGUCGGAGAUUUCCUAGCUGAAAUACUACUUCGACGUGCUCACGGGAAAUAUCCAAUCACUUUAAUAGGUUUCUCUCUCGGUGCUCGCGUAAUUUACCAUUGUCUUCUUACAAUGAGCCAAAGGGCUGAUUAUGCAGGCAUUAUUGAAGAUGUUGUGCUUCUUGGAGCUCCAGUUUCAGCUUCUUCUAGACAAUGGCAUCAAAUGUGCCGUGUUGUUGGGGGUCGGAUCAUAAACGGAUAUUCCACAUCUGAUUGGCUUCUCAGGUUUUUAUACCGGACAAUGAAUAUACAAUUCGCUAUUGCUGGAAUCGGACCCAUUGAUAGCCAAAAGAAUCGCAAGAUUGUCAAUUUUAAUUUAUCGCACUUAAUUAAUGGGCAUUUGGAUUAUUCCCGUAAACUGACUGAAGUGCUAAAAGCAGUUGGUAUUAAAGUAACUCCGCAUAGAGAGAACUCCUCGUUUAAUUUAUCUCAGGUCGCUAAAGAAGUUGACCUCGAAGAAGCAAUAAACAGAUCGAAUAUAAUUACUGAUGCCAAAAUCAAAAAUACCGUCGAAUUUGAUGUGAAUUUAUAUUCGGAUUCAGAUCGUAUUGUAUAA